GCCAACACUUCAGUCACUUUGACGAAGACGAUCAGCGCAUCUACUUCAUGGGGAACCCCCUGAUCUUCUAUGGCAACAUGCUGGCCAUGUGUGUGUACGCUUUCAUGUCUCUCAUCAAUGUUAUCCUGGAUAGGCGAGGCUUCAACAAUCCCUUGUUUAAGA